AUGGCAGAUAAAAACCAAACCACUGAGUUUGUCUUUGUGACAAUUUCCAACCAACCCAGGCUGCAGGGUUUGCUCUUUGUGGUGAUUUCAAUCAUGUACCUCACAUCUCUGAUGGGGAAUAUCCUCAUAGGCAUAAUAGUUAAGCUCAAUCCUGCCCUUCACAGCCCCAUGUACUACUUCAUCUCCAAUCUGUCUUUGGUUGAUAUCUGUUACACCUCGGUCACCAUCCCCAAGAUGCUGGUGAACCUGCUUUCAGAGGACAGAACCAUCUCAUUCACUGGCUGUGCUACUCAGCUGUAUUUUCUUAUUGCCCUGGGGCCAACUGAAUGCUUCCUCCUUGCUGCCAUGGCGUACGACCGCUUCACAGCCAUCUGCCAUCCCUUGCGCUAUGUCAUGAUAAUGAACAAUGGACGGUGUGUCCAGCUGGUGACCGGUUCAUGGGUCAGUGGUUUGCUGCUGUCCUUGGUGCAGACCUCACUGAUAGUCACCCUGCCCUUCUGUGGGGACAACCGGCUCAACCAUUUCUUCUGUGAUGUGACUCCCCUCUUGAGCCUGGCCUGCGGAGACACGUCCAUGAAUGAAAUCGCUGUAUCUGCAGCCUGUGUCUUAAUUGUGCUCAUCCCUUCUAUGCUGAUCCUUGUGUCCUACAGUAAAAUUGUCUCUACCAUCCUGAAGAUCACAUCAGCCCAGCAGAGACACAAAGCUUUCUCCACCUGCUCCUCCCACCUCAUAGUCAUCACUCUAUUCUAUGGCUCCGCCAGCGCCAUGUAUCUGCGACCCAAAUCCAGCUAUGACCCCGAAAGGGAUAAAUUUCUGGCCCUGUUUUACUCUGUGGUGACCCCGACAUUGAACCCCAUCAUCUACAGCCUGAGAAGCAAAGAUAUCCAUAAAGCCCUGAGGAGAAUGAUCCUGAAGAAACCCUUCUUGUUACUCUUAACAAGGCUAAAGCGUAAAAGAACAGCAACUUCAUUUAAAUCUGGAUGGCUGGAUAAGACUAUAGAGGCGGUUACACCGAAGUCACAUAGUGUAAUGCUUGUUAAACUUCAUGAAAUAGUCACAUAUGAUGAGGACAAUGGAGUGGUUUGUGUAUAUUGUCGAGAUGCCAGAGCUUUGGGAGAAUUUUCAACAGGAAGAAUGUGGAACGAUGUAUGGAAGUUGGAUUUCUUAAAGCGUCAUCUGUCAAUGCGGCAACAUUGUGUUGCACACCGGGAAGACUUGGGGAUUUCCGAUGCAUGGAAAGAGGUCAAGCUGAUAGGAGACAUCAAAACCUUAAUGAGAACUGUCUACACAGUGUUCUGUUGGUCAUCCAGGAGAAAAUGCAAAUUUCAGGAAAUAGUGGAUGCUUCUAAAUGUGAAAUCCCUAUGGUCAAAAUAGACUUUCUUUCUGAAGAGAUUGUUAUAAUAAGUCAGUACAAUGACUUUAAGUUUGCAGGAGCCAACAGAAUCAAAAGCCAAUUGGUUUUAAGUUUCCCGGAUAUGGUGACAUUUGCUCACCAGAACGAACAGUUUCCAGAUCUGGCAAAGUUGAUGGAUAUUGGAGGAACAUUCAUAGCAUCAAGUGCAGACUGUGAGCAUGGCUUUAGCUUGAUGAAUACUCUAAAAAACGAACUAUGGAAUCAUUUACAAGUAGAUCAUUUGGACAUGCUGAUGUGUAUUAAGAGUUACCAGCUGGAUGGAGGAUGGAUAGAUCUGGAAAGAGUUUAUAUUGAAUGA